AUCGCGCUCGUGACGGUGGACCAACCCGUCAUGGCGUACUCGUUCGCCUACCCGUCCGUCACGUCCGAGGACGCCCCGAUCCGCUGGACGCCGUCGCGGCAGCGCGACACGUACAGCAGCGCGGAGCCGAUGUCCCCGGACGCGCGGCAGCGCAUCGUGUACGAGCUCAUCUCGUUCAAGGGGCCGAUGACGGCGACGGUGACCGUCGGCCCGGCGCCGCCGAAACUCGCGGGGAAGGAUAAGGCGCGUCCCUCGGCGUGGACGCCGUCGCUCGUCGCCGAGGCGGUGCUCGCGGACCGCGCGACCGGGCGGAUCGCGACCGGGCAGAAGGUCUCGCUCGCGGAGGUCGAGUCCGCGACGAGGGAGAGACGCGAGGACGGGACGGAGUACAUCUACUACGAGUACAUAUCGCAGGGGAGCCCGAACCUCUCGGAGCGCGAGGCGACGACGUUUCGGCACAGCGUCGGCGCGACGGCGAUCAGAGGGGACUACUUGUACACGUACACGAUAUCCGCGCCGGAGACGCUGUGGGACGUGAACGCGGCGGGGUUCGAGCAGGGCGUGCGGAGCUUCAGGUUGACGAAGCCG